GUCAUUUUGACUCUGCCAUUUUCCUGCGCCAUUUCGUUUUCUUCUACACGAUGUCUGCUAAACGAACUUAUUCUGCAUCUAAUGUCCUGUUUGAAGAUCCUGACUUUCCUUUUCGGGACUCAGAUGACGAUUUAAUCGAUGAAGUGGAUCAGAUUUUUCUGGAAAAUCCUAUGGAUCUACCCUUGUAUUAUCAAGUGGGUUCCGGAUUUGAGACUUCUCCUUCAUCAGCUCGUGGGCCUGUAUACAUAGCCGGUUCCGAUGAACGUUCGAUCGAUGAGGCAAUUGUUCUUACGGAAAAGUCUCGUCGUCGCAAUCAUAAAUAUCAAGCCGAGGAGAUUACCUUCCACGCUUGUGUGGACAUCGAAAGACUGCCUCAAGGCGUGCAAGGCAUCCCGAUGGUCCGAAUUCCUGACACCGUCCGGGAAUUGUUCGAACAGCUCAUUCACCGGACAACAGCCGAUUUGGGUCCCUCGGAUCUUAUACGGUUUUGCAUCCAGGCAGAAGGGUUGGAUAAACCCAUCAGCACAUCUCUCAUGACAGUUUCAAACCUAACGGUUGAAAAAAUUUUGGCUGCUGUGAUGAAAGUGUUGCAGUCCAAAGACAAGACUGAACUAGACACAGGGUUCUCCGUGGAUGUCAUCACCAUCAGACGACCUGUGGGUGCCGGAGGAAAUCGGAGAGUCAUCAAUAUCUCCAUAGACAGAUUGAGAAAACAGUCUAUUUUGUCUAUUCCGUACGAUGACGAAGGACUGUGUUGUGCUAAAGCGAUUGUUUAUGCCUUAGCACAUUUGAACAAGGAUUCGAGCGCCAUCAAUGCCUUGAGAGAUCGGCGUAAUCCAACACUGAUGAACCGUGCAAGGGAUCUUCAUUUAGAUGCAAAUGUGGCCCUAGGCCCUUGCACAUUUACUGAAAUCGCCAUAUUUGAAGAUCACCUGGAUGUCCAAAUUGUAGUCUUUUCUUCGGAAAAUUUGAACCGGGUGGUCUAUAAAGGGAAAGAGAGAGCACAACGGAUCAAUUUGUGGCUUCACGAUGUGCAUUAUGACGUCAUCAAAUCCCUGAAAGGAUUUUUCGGUAGCGACCAUUACUGCACGUCCUGUGAAAAGGCCUAUGAACAUCCGGAAAACCACCGAUGUGCCAACGCCUGCCCCAUAUGUUUGAGGACCGACUGUAUUCCAGGCGUGCCCCAACGAUGUCAGGAUUGCGACCGUCUCUGCCGCUCCGAUGCCUGCUUUGAAGCACACAAAGCCCUGACUGGAAAACAAGAGUUUUCACUCUGCGACAGGGUAUACCAGUGCAGAGAAUGCUGCCAAGUGAUUCGGAGACGCGAUUGCCCUAAGGACCUGCAUAGGUGUGGCACCACGAAAUGCCCUUCUUGCAACCAGUUUGUCGUGGCUGCUGAGCACCGUUGCUAUUUGCGACGUGUUGCCCCGAAGAAGUCCGAGGAUAAGCUCAUCUUUUUUGACUUUGAAACGGACCAGUCUUCGGGGGAGCAUCUUGUGAAUUUCGCGGUGGCUCAGUAUGCCGACGGCACAGAGAGAAGUGUUUUCCGGGCUAUGCGGCAUGCCAAAACUUCUGCGCCUGGCUGUUCUACCACACAGCACAAGGGCUUCACCGCCGUGGCUCAUAACAUGAAAGGGUUCGACGGUCAGUUCGUGAUGGCCUGGCUCCUGGAGCAAGGCACAGCGCCGGAGGUGAUCCCUAACGGGUCUAUGAUCAUGAGUGUAAGACACCCUAGUCUGAACAUUCGAGUCAUAGACUCGUUAAAUUUUCUACCGAUGGCGUUGGCCAAAUUGCCAGGAUGCUUCGGUCUCAGCGAGCUGAAAAAGGGAUACUUUCCCCAUCUUUUCAACUCGCGAGAAAACCAAAAUUAUGUCGGACCGCUGCCUGAGCCCCGGUACUACAGCCCGGAUACCAUGAGCACUUCAGCACGACAAGCAUUUCUGUCCUGGCAUGAAGCACACAAGGGGGACGUGUUUAACUUUCAAGAUGAGAUGCUGGCCUAUUGCAGAUCGGACGUGGACAUUCUUCGCCGUUGCUGCCUGGAGUUUCGAGCCCAGUUUUUGGAUGUGGCGAAUGUGGAUCCAUUCCAAUACGUGACCAUCGCGUCAGCCUGUAUGGCAACGUAUCGGAGUGGCCACAUUCAACCCGACACGAUUGCCAUGGUGCCUACACACGGCUACAUCAACUCAACGAAUUACAGCCCUGAUUCGAUCCGAUGGUUGGACUUUGUUGCUGCUUCGGAAGGCCUACAGAUUCAACAUGCGUUGAACGGUUCCGGAGAGCACAGAGUCGCCGGAAUCUCGGUAGACGGAUUCUGCCAAGAAACACAAACCGUCUAUCAGUUUCAGGGCUGUUUCUUUCACGGAUGUAGUUCGUGUUACGAUGGUGAUAUCAUACAUCCACUGAAAGGGGUUUCCAUGGCAACGUUAAGAGAAAAGACAGAAGAGACGACAAGAAAGCUUCGCACCCAGGGUUUCCACGUCAUCGAAAUGUGGGAGCAUGAAUUUCAAAGAGAGAAGGAGGAAAAUCCAGAUCUCCAAGCUUUCCUGGAUCAACACCAUCUGAGGGAUCGACUCAAUCCUCGCGAGUCGUUUUUUGGAGGAAGGACCAAUGCCCUCAAAUUGUUCCACGAGGGAGACGCAAAAUAUGUGGAUUUUACCUCACUCUAUCCCUGGGUGAACAAGUAUUGCGUCUACCCUGUGGGACAUCCAACAAUCAUCACGGAAAGCUUUAGAGAUGUGGAAGAUUAUUUUGGAAUUAUCCAAUGCCGAGUGAUUCCUCCACGGAAUCUGUAUCUUCCGGUACUGCCCUAUCGGUGCCGGAAGAAGCUGAUGUUCCCCCUGUGUCGGACUUGCGCCCUUCUUCAACUGCAGACUCCGUGUACCCACACACAGACGACGAGCGAGCUCUUGUCGGAACGUGGAUGGGGUAUGAACGUGAACAAAGCCCAACUGACCUAUGUCCACACGGUGCCAGACUUCAAUAAGAUGUUGGCGGAUUCUGCUAAAAAAAUCAAAGAUGUCUUUCUUCUUCCCACGCCUGAGGUGGCUGCCAUUUCCUGGGAAUCUGCGAAGGAGUUUGUGUGCCGCAGGAUGCCUCUACCAACAUUUUCCUAG